AUGUUGGUGCUCCUCCCCGCUUUCCUGCUCCUUUUCGAGCAAACCGACGCUCAAACUAUGCAGAGCAAAUGCUACAGCUGUGCGACGCCGAAUUUGAAAAAUAAUUUUCUCACAACCGAACGCGGUCCCGGCCCAAAAAUCGCCGAGCCGCGCAUCUACGACUCGUACUGUGGCGGCGAUACGUGGAUUCUCAAGGAGCGUGCCACGGUGAAUUGUGAUGGCUAUUGCUUCAAAUGGACACAAACACUCAACAAUUCCGGCACCUUUUCGUCAAUGACCUUCCGCGGUUGCUACCGCCAAAUGUUCGACCUCAACAAUCAGAAUGUACCCCGAGAACCGACGCACAGCUUUUGCACCUUUUCCGAGAAACCCGUGCCGUGCCUAUCCGAUUCGUCGGUCGUCGAAAGCUCAUGCUGGUGCCAGGGCGAUCAUUGUAAUCUGAAGCGCGCCUUCCAGUCCGUCGGCAAUCGAAUGCUGAAGGCCGGCGCCGCCGAAUACGCGGCCUUCUUCAAGAAGCUCGAAGAGACUCGACACGAGCUGUGUCGCAUGGAGCAAGUGGUUCUCGACUCGAUGAGCAAUACAGACGCCUACAACGUGCACACGCCAUCGAUUCCCGCCGAAAUGGCCAGCUCGCUCGACUCGACCCAAAUCGCCACCUCGCGCGUCGCCUCGGCCAAGCCCAUCUGGAAAUGGCCCGAAAUCGAGAAGGCCGAGCAACAUGUCGAAGAGCCGCCGCCAGAGUCGCCGAAGCCUGUCAUCAAGUAUUUUGGGUCGCCCCUGAACCACCCUCAUCACGGCCUCACCGAAGACUACUUUGCCGUCGAUGAACUUCCGGCACAUCCCGUGUUCAUGGGUUCUGGCGACAACGGGCAAGAGGACGACGAGGAGAACAGCUUCAAGCUCUUGCCGCGACCCAUCCAAUUUGCGCUCAUCUUCGGCCAGUUGAUGCUGCAGUACGAGUUCUACCGGGGCGCCGUUUACCAAGUCCAAAUGGUGAACCUGGUGUCGCCACUCGAAUUCUACGUGACGCUCAAGGCGGAUAUAAGAUCACGCGACUCGCUGGAAGCGAUGCUGAUGCACUGCGAAGAGGAGCUGAUGGCCGACGAACGCGUCAUUCCGGUGCCGGGACCUGGCGAAGAUUACCCCGCCGAUAUGCCGUGUCUCGCAUGGGUCAACGAUCGACUGUUCCGGGCCAUCAUCCGCUACUCUGGGCUCAAUGAAGCACAGGUGUUCCUGAUCGACUACGGAAGCUCACAUCUCGUCCCCUGCGAUGCGCUCUACUACAUGCCCCUCGGCGCGGCUCGUUUCGCGCCCGGUUUCGCGUAUUUUUGCACGCUAGAAAGCGCCGAUAGCCGCACGCUGAGCGCGAUGAGCUGGAAGUGCUUCCUCGACACGUUCACCGAGGACCGCGAGGCGACAAUCAUCGCCUGCGGGUUCAAGCGCAGCACCCACGGCCAGCUCGUGCACAUCAUCGACGCCGACUCGGGCCGACCGCUCUCCUUCGACGAGGGGUCCCCGAAUUUCAGGCAGUACAUCAAGGGCCGCAACGGUGUAUUGCACUUCAAGCCUCCCGCCAACGAGCCCACACCCUCACUUCCUUCAUCGUCAUCCGCUGAUGAUGAUGAUGAUACGAUCUCGGAUUUGGACAUUGGUGACGCGGCUGAUUGGGAUCUUUCACCAGCUUCCGGCCGCUCAAUCUCGACAAAAGCCAGCCUUGACCGUGUCGCAUCGCUCUUCUCUUGGCCUAAA